CAGGCGGGGGCAGUCAUUCGAUGAUUUUCCCCCCUUAAAAAAAAAAUAUUUUAUAAGAACCUUGUGCUCAGCUGUAGCUCUCGCGACUUUCAAACACAAACCACCAACUAAUCUACAGCGACCAAACUAAACAGUGACAGUGUAAUUUGGACCAAAGCGACAGUGUAAUUUAUUUUUUAAUACUCAAUAACUUGCACAAUUCUUAAAGGAGAUGUCCUUAUUACCAUAAAUAUUUACUAAAAGUAAUAAUUAUUAGGUUAAUAAGUGACUUAGGUACGUUAACUUAACACAUUUAAUGCAGUUUAAAAAGUUCAAGAACUUGUUUGUUGCUUGUUUUACUUGUUUGGCUUUGGCUUGUUUUACUCUCACGCCAAUGGGCAAAGGCAGGUCAUACACGAGGUGUUGAUAUUUGUCAGCACUCAGCCUCCAAGAUGACCAGGAACAUUUACUAUGAUGACAUUUAUAAUAAUAUAGGUACCUACUGUAAAACCAGCCUUAAUUAAUAUAUAAAUAUCACAUAAAUGUGAGUGUGAUUAGUAACUUGAUUGUACCAAACAGACAAUGUCAAUUAACUACUGGAUUUUUGAUACCUACUUUACAAUAUAAUUUUUUGUUUAUGCGAAACACGGAACUCGAAAACAUUGUUAUGUCAAUCUGUUUAGGUAGGUAGGUAAAAUAUCGUGAAAAAUUGUUAUGACACCAAGUUGUUCAUACAAAAACAUACGUUUACAAAUUAGGAAACAUCGGUAACCAUAAACUACGCUGAAUAACUUGGAUGCGUGGUAUACUAUUUUUAAUCGACUUCAAAAAGAAAAAAUGAGGUCGUGGUCAGUUUGACACGUAUUAUGUAUUGUAUUAAUGCAAUUUUCAGAAAAGUGUAUGUUACACAUGGGAGAAGUUUUUGUGUAUUAAUUAAUGAUAAUAAUAAAAAACUAACUUCAAAAAAAGAUGUUUGAAGUAAAUGUUUUAAACGUAAACUACGUUAUAAAAGAAUUAUUAUUAAAUUAGUUUUUAAGGCGUUGGUAACAAUAUGACAUUAUAUAAAAAUUAUACUAUCGAAAUCGAUUCGGCUGCUUGUUAUAAGGAAAUAAACUAACACUCAGGUUUUGUAUAAAAUUAGUUGGUAUAUCUACUUACUGCUAGAAAAUGUUACUGGAAAAUUGUAUUUUAAUUACCUAAACAUCUUUUGACACCAAUGUGUUAUGUUUAUUAUUUCUGUACAAACAUUUGAAUUGUGACGACGUUGUUAGGUACCAAAAUAUGGCAUAAAAAUCUAAAGUUAUAAACACAAUGAUUUAUUGAUUCAUGUAUUAUUUUUUAAUGUAUUAAUAAAUAUAAAAUAUCAAUGAAAUUAGGCAAAUUACUUUGUUUUACCUAAAUAAUACUGGAAACGGUUAGGCUAGAAAGGAAGAGAGGCCCCAUGUAAAAGAAACAUCGCCUAACUACAUCGCAAACAACCAAACCCAGGCACUUAGGAUUGUGUAAUUGUAGUUUGGCUAGAUUGAAAGUAAUUACGGUAAUUUUCCAAUUGAAACGCAUAAGACUCCUCUCUAUAGUGAUUGUUAGAAGUCACUCAACUCAACUCUAAUAUAUUAAUCUGCCACUGUGACUGUAGCAGUAACCCCGUUCACAUGGCAUGUAUAAUGUUUCUGAAUGAUUUUAGAAUUUUUGUAACUUACUUCAGAAAAGCUAUGUUUAUUACAUAAUUAUCUAGUUCUUCGUUCGCUAUUUCUAUAGUUCAUUCAUUACAUUACAUCAAUGACCAAUUGACCAGUUCUGUCAAAUGUGUGUGACACUGACGUGCGAUUAUUUAGAAUCGUAAUUCUAUUGUAUUUUAAUAUUAAGCUAUAGAACUAAAAUAAAAAUUGUAAAUAAUAUUAUAAGUUGUAUAUAAAAUUAUGGCAGAGCAAAUGGAAGAUGCUGAAACUUCGAGUCAAGUCGCCGGCGAUGUGAUUGGCAACACAGCGUACAGCGAGCGAUUUGUUCUAAAAAUUUUACUUAAUUUCGCUAAUUUGGAUAGACUAAAAGAAGAAUUAGAAAAACAAUCAUUUGUAGAUGAUAUUUGCGUACUGUGGGACAUGACUAUGGAGAAGGACGUUGUGUUAUUUUUGCAGAAACACGAAGUUUUGAAACUUAUCAAUUUCGCUCUACCCGUUAUUGAAACCUCAAAAAUUAUUGAUGUUAUUAUCGGCAUCAUUGGAAAUAUGUGCUGCCACAAGGAAGUUGUAAGUGUUUUGAUGAAGAUGGACGAUUUAUUAUCUUUUAUGAUGUAUCAUAUAAACACAGACGAGAGUUUAGUAUUAAUUCAAUUGCUAAGAUUAGUGAGUGGUUGCUUGUUUUUAGCGAACGACGAGGAAAUGGAAACUUGGAUGAAUCUGUUCGUUACUGUCGACUAUUCCUCCGCUUUAUACUUUAUUCUAAAAAAUUCCUCACACUUAGACUUAUUAUUCACAGCCUUAGAGAAUUUAAAUAGUCUGUGUUCAUAUUGUAAUACUGAAAAGUUUCGCGAAAAAUUCUAUACACUAUUUGUCGUACCAGAUGCCUUAGACUGUCUGACUGCAGCCUUUACUGAGAUGGCAGUGAAUAAUAAAGCAACAUGUUCUAAGAUCAGAUUAGAAAGAAUUUUUUUUAUAAGUCUCCAGAUAGUACUAAACUUUGUUGAAUUUACGGAUGCAUACGAAAUGUUUGAGGGUAGUAAAGAAAGUGUCAUCACUCUUAUAAAUGUAAUACUAGUAUAUUAUGAAGAUAAAUUGGUUGUUAAAAAAGAAAUAGAUUUAGAUUUAAUUGAUAUUCUAAUGGCAACGAGCACAAUUGUAAUGGAAUUAAAAUUGACUGGGUUACCGGAGAAAUAUUUUGAACCAAGUUACAAUAUGUGGAAAGCAACAUGGUCUAUUUUACACACUGAUAAAGAUGGUUCAUCUUUUGAAGAAAGUGAUAAAGAGGAAUUAAAAGAUUUUGUAGAGAAAGUGAAGUAUCCUUUAGCCUUGAUAAUAUGUAAUUAUUUUGGGAAAAUGAAACCUUAUGAUUUUUACCGCUUUCACCUAGAAAUUGAUAGGGUUCAGAGUAUUCAUGACGAAAUGAAAAGAUGGUUGGAUAGUGAACCUGUAGAAACCGACAUGUCAUCGUCUCGAAGAGUAAAAAACCGUAGAAGUCGUCGGAGGAAUUAAUGUUGAUACUAGAUAAUGUAAUAAAAUUGUUUUUUUUUUAUUUGACAA